UUUUAGCAGACGCCACCCGUGCUCAGUGUAAUAUAAAUUUUUGCAAAUGAUAAUAGCAUAAUUGAGAUUGCUGUAUCACUCUUAAAAUCUGCAAACAAAAGUGUCAUCAAUCGUGAUACAUAUUAUCACGUCUACAUCCCUUGCGGGGCAGCAGAGCCAACAAUCAAUCAAUCGCGAUUAUGAUUGUAAACGUGUACUUACUUUUGUUAUGUCUAAUACAUGGUACCAAAAGUCUGAACAACCUUAUCGAUUCUAACAUUCCAGAUUCGAAGCUGAAUUUCACAGAGCUAGCGACGAAAUAUGGAUAUUCAGCAGAGGAACAUAAGGUGACGACUGAAGAUGGAUAUAUCCUGACGAUGUUUAGAAUGAGAGGCGAGCGAUGUGAAGGCACCAGGCUGCCAGUCGUGAUAAUGCACGGACUGCUCUUGAGCUCAGAUUCCUACCUGGACGCAGGCCCUGAUGCCGGCCUAGCAUACCUCCUAGCUGACACCUGUGAAGACCUUUGGGUUGCCAACUGCCGUGGCAAUUAUUAUUCCAGAGCUCAUAUCUUCCUCAACCCAAACAAAGACCCGAAAUUCUGGGAGUUCGAUGUCCAAGAAAUCGGUUAUUACGAUGUACCAGCGGUCAUUGACUACGUUUUAGAUGAAACUAAUGCAGAUAAGGUUAAUUAUAUUGGAUUUUCUCAAGGCGCUGGAACCGUUUUUAUAAUGUGCUCUGAAAGACCUGAUUAUUGUGAGAAAUUAAACCUGUUGAUUGGUCUGGCACCAGCAUCAAGACAGACACAUACCAGUUUCAGACCCAAAAUGGACGCAUUUGGACAACACGUACAGUAAAUACAUUGGAAAUUUGACAUUCCCUAAAAUUCGCGAUUAUUUACGUAAAUAUAAUUAAAAUUUUAUAUCAAGAAAUAAAUUCGUUGACCUUACCUUACCUUACCUUUUUGUAUUGCUGCAACUUAUUGAUUUGUUAUUUUAUACAUAUGUACGUACGUUGUAAACUGUGUGUAGCAAAUCAAAUAAAUGAAUUAUCUAUAUACACGGAACUAUGAUUUGUAAUUUUUU